AUGGGGCAAGGCUUCUCGCUGGCCACGCCCUCGGCGGGCUCUGCCGGCAUCGACAUUCCGCAGCUGCAGGACAUUCAAUACGAACGGAGCAUAGGCGAUGCGCGGUUUAUGAAGAGCAUCCGGGCCCGCGAUGAGAAUGCCGUCGUCCUCGUCAAGAUGCUCGUCAAGCCGUUCACUGACGUCAAGCUAGACGAGUACAAGAGGCAAAUCAUAGAACAGCGAAAAGCGCUGGCUGCUAUCCCCAACGCCCUCGGCUUCCAGCGCGUCAUCGAGACGGAGACCAACGGCUACCUCGUCCGCCAGUUCAUGUACAGCUCCCUCUACGACCGAAUCAGCAACCGGCCGUUCCUCGAGGACAUUGAAAAAAAAUGGCUCGCUUUUCAGCUGCUCUGCGCGUUGCGCGACUGCCAUGCGCGCGACAUAUACCAUGGCGACAUCAAGGCCCAAAACGUGCUCGUGACCUCGUGGAACUGGCUCUACCUGACCGACUUUUCGUCCGCCUUCAAGCCCGUGAUGCUACCUGACGACAACCCCGGCGACUUCUCGUACUUUUUCGACACCUCGGGCCGACGGACCUGCUAUAUUGCCCCCGAGCGAUUCUACGCCGCUGGAGCCGCCCCGCCCGAGACGGCCAAGAUGACGUGGGCAAUGGACAUCUUCAGCGCGGGCUGCGUCAUUGCGCAAAUGUUUCUGGAAUCGGAGAUUUUCAGUCUGGCUCAGCUCUACAAGUACAGAAGAGGGGAAUACGAUCCCGUCAUCACCCAUCUCAGCGUCAUCUCCGACAAGGACGUACGCGAAAUGAUUGCCAACAUGAUACACCUGGACCCUGAGAAGCGCUACUCGGCAGACCAGUGCCUGGAUUUCUGGAAAGGCAAAGUCUUUCCCCACUACUUCUACAAUUUUCUGCAUCAGUACAUGGAGCUUGUCACAGACCCCUCGUCAGGCAACAGCCCAAUGUCCGGGGCAGAAAAAAAUGAAGGCGAAUCUGACUACCGCAUUGAUCGCGUCUACUAUGACUUUGACAAGAUUUCCUACUUCCUCGGCUAUCAAUCUGAUAAGAGACCACAGAACAAUGAGCCUCAACCCCAGUCUAAGCUCGGGUUGUCACAUUUUCCAGUGCAGCUGAGCAUACCGAAUAACGAGCAUGCAGUCUCCGCCGAUCUGGAACCGCCAGAAGACGAUGGAACUCUGAUAUUUCUGACACUGGUGGUCUCUGCCAUGAGAACAACAGCAAGGGCUUCAUCGAGAAUACGAGCCUGCGACAUUCUUCUGGCAUUUGCUGAGAGAUUGACGGAUGAAGCCAAGUUGGACCGCGUCUUGCCUUAUUUGAUGACACUUCUCAAAAAGGAUGAGACGGAUCUGGUGGUAGUCUCCGUCAUCCGCACUAUUACACAGCUUUUGCAAUUGGUACACAUGGUCACACCAAUCAACUCGCACGUAAUUGGAGACUAUGUGCUUCCGCGCAUGGAAGUAGCGCUCGGCUCAAAGACUCACGCCGCAAGUCCCCUUGUGCGCGCUACCUUUGCAUCAUGCCUGGGCAGCCUUGCCUCCAGCGCUCAGCGAUAUCUCGAGCUAGCCUCUAGCAUACGGCCGGAUGGCUCCAUGUCCAUUGCAGAUCCCGAAAUCGAGCCCGGUGUAGAAGCAGAUACCAAUUUUGAAAGCAUAUUUGACAAUGCUGGAAGGCAACUCUUUGAGAAGAUCGAGGGUUUCACGAAACAGCUCGUCGAGGACCCCGAUGUAUACGUGCGACGAGCUUUCCUGUCCUCAGUCCCCGAGCUGUGCAUGUUCUUCAAAGAGCAGUCGAAUGAUGUAUUACUGGCGCAUCUAAAUACCUAUCUUAAUGAUCGAGACUGGACCUUGAAAUGCGCCUUCUUCGAUACGGUCGUUGGCAUCGCUGCUUUUAUCGGAAGCGUGAGUCUGGAAGAAUUUAUGUUGCCCCUGAUGCUUCAAGCACUGGCCGACCCCGAAGAAUUUGUUGUGCAAGCUGCCAUUCAUUCCUUGGCGCAACUUGCUGGCCUCGGGCUGCUGUCGAAAGCGAAGCUCUGGGAGUUGCUGGACCUGAUCGGGCGCUUCACAAUGCACCCUAACAUAUGGAUCCGGGAGUCUGCCGCCGAGUUCAUCUCCAUGUCAGCGAGCUUUCUCGAGCCUGCCGACGUGCGCUGCUUCUUGCUGCCAUUGAUCAAACCAUACUUGAAGAUUGCUCAUCUUCCCGACUACAAUGAACUGAGCAUUCUUGACGCUCUGCAAACGCCGCUGACACGGCCUGUGUUUGACCAGGCAAUAACAUGGGCUACUCAGACUGACCGCGGACUGUUUUGGAAGUCCUUGCAGCAUGUUCGCUCUUUGACCUUUGGGUCUUCGUCCACCUUGACCGUAAGAUCCAAGGAUUUGAUUUCGAGCCAGCUCAGCAAGCCUGACCGCAAUGACGAAGACGAUCAGUGGCUAGAGAAGCUACGAAACUUGGGAUUGAAGCCAGAAGAUGACAUCAAAUUGCUGGCUUUGCGGGAAUUCAUCUGGAAGCUUAGCACCAUGCGAGGUCGGGAUUCAUCUCCAGCAGAGCCCAAUAUAUCUAUGGGAUUGAUCUCGUUGAAGGACCUAGGCGUCACCCCACAAACAGUCUUUUUCAAUGACACGCCACUAAUGGAUCCUUCCCUCGCUCCGGAUUUGGAGCCCCCGUCUGCGCAAUACACUAUUGCGGAUGCGCUGUUGGACGCCUCCAUGACCAUUGAUGACUCUCUCACGAAGAAAAGAAGGACGACAAAUGUGCAUAAGAAUAGAGUUCAAAGUGUCGGCCCUCGAAGUGGUCGUAUUCUGUCACCUGAUGGAAGUGGCCGGGCCAGCUCCCACCACUCCCGCGUGCCAUCGACAGGCUCUCGAGAUGACGCGUCUGUUAGUGAAGGAUCCUAUGCACUGAGACGUGCAAUGCGCCACCAAUCCAGUGCACUUAGCCUCCUUGACCGCAAAGACGGGGGUAAAUCGAUUCCCGAAACUGGUACCAGCGAUGCCAAUGCCUUCGGCGAGAUGGAGGGCCCAUUCACACAAAUGGCUCUCACACCACCACCGGCUGCAGGGAAGAACGCAGUGCAGCCGGCAAAGCAACCGAAACACAGUUAUGCAGGCAAUGACCCAAGCAUCCAGUUUAUGCUUGACAGCAUGUAUGUCGACAACUUCCCUCGGGAUGUUCUUGAGUUUGGUCCAAUGGUCGAGCCCAUCUCUAGAAGAAAGAAUAGAGCCCUUCGCACGCAGACAACCGAAGAGCGCUGGAAACCGCAAGGACACCUAGUGGCCACCUUUGGAGAACAUAGAGGCGCCAUCAAUCGCAUUGCCGUCUCCCCGGAUGACAUGUUCUUCGUGACUGGUGGCGAUGAUGGAACUGUCAAGGUUUGGGACACGGCCCGAUUGGAGCGCAACAUUACGCAUCGAUCAAGGCAGACACACAAGCAUUCUGAUGGGGCACGCGUGAUUGGACUGUGCUUUAUUGAGAACUCGCACUGCUUUGUUAGCUGUGCUAGUGACGGCGACGUCCAUGUUGUCAAGGUGGACACCGUCUUGACAAGUGGUGUCAUUAGAUAUGGCAAGCUCAGGGUUUUGCGUGACUAUCGUCUACCCGAAGGAGAAUAUGCUGUCUGGUGUGAGCACUUCAGACAGGAGACCAACUCUGUUCUUAUUUUGGCGACGAAUAAGUCGAGAAUUAUCGGUAUUGAUUUGCGAAGCAUGACGCUGCUCUACGUGUUGGAAAAUCCAGUUCACCACGGCGCACCGACGUGCUUCUGUGUUGAUAGGAGACGACACUGGCUAUGCGUCGGUACAUCGAAUGGUAUCAUAGACCUCUGGGACUUGCGGUUCAAGACGCGACUGAGGGCCAUGGGUGUUCCCGGAAAGAGUGCGAUAUACCGUAUCUGCAUACAUCCGGCAAGAGGUCGUGGAAAGUGGGUAUGCAUCUCUGGCGGUGCUGAACAUGGUGAAAUUACGACAUGGGAUCUUGAGAAGACAACUUGUCGUGAGAUUUACAGAACUGGGGCGGUCAAGGAUGGUGCGAAAGGAUAUACAGCGUGGGACGUGGACAAGGAAAAGCCCGAAGGGCUUCUCUCGCGCUUUGCCAUGAAUCUUGAUCUAGCUGAUUCUGCCAAUACCGAUCGUGGGGUCCGCGCCAUUGCCGCGGGCAUUUCCACUGGAGAGGAUUCGCGCGAUAUUCGUCACGCUUUCAUCGUGAGUGGCGGCUCAGACAGGAAGAUGCGCUUCUGGGACAUUUCGCGCGCCGAGAACUCGAGCAUCUUCAGCGGGCUACAGCCUGACGAGGCACAGCCGACGUACUCAGCCACGCACCCGACGACAUCGAUGACGCUCAAUACGGAGCGCUUUGCAAAACAGAACAACACGGUGGCGACAGGUGCGGGUGCGGGUGCGGGUGCGGGUGCGGGUGCCAGCGGCCGGUCAAAGACGACGGUCAACGGCCGGCCGGCGAGAUCUACAGUGAUUUCGCUGCAGCAGCAGCAGCUCUUGCAGUCGCACUUGGACUCCAUUCAGGAUGUGGCGUUGCUCGAGUACCCGUAUACGAUGAGCGUAUCUGUGGAUAGAUCGGGAAUGGUUCUUGUGUUUCACUAG